AUGUUAAAGAUUACUGGCAGUAAAUUUAAUUGCACUACUACAACAUGUUUACCAUUCAUUACCAGUAUUGUAUUAAAUAUUCGCAAUUGUCGAAUAGCUUGUUUAGCUCAAACUCAAUGUGAUGCGGUCAGUUUUCAUCAAUCCACGUCGAUGUGUGAAUUGUUUGCAGACGUAUCGAAUCAAACCGAAAACAUGCUACCUAAUAUGGAUAUUAUUACUAUGAUUGUCGAGAGUAACACACGAAUACCACAAGUUUCUGGACCUGGAAUAACAACAAUACAGCCAAGUACUGCAGCAAUGUCGACUAUCAGUGCUUGUCUUAACAUGACAAUACCAGUAGGACAAGCUCCAAGUAUCGGAUGGGAUUUUGAAGGAAAUUUAAAUGAUCGUUUUCUCAUAUAUAACGGUACAAAUGGAAAUAAAUCAAUAUAUACAUCAGGGAGAUAUAGUUGUAGGAGAUGUCUAAAUCUAUCAAGUUCGUUGAAUCAAUCGGUUUACAUUUAUGGUACACCCUAUAUCGAUUUGCGUAAUAUUUCGUUCUCAGUAGAAACUUGGAUUAAACCAACGAUUGUUACUGAUGGUAUUGAACAUGUCAUUCUUGCUCAAUGUGGAACACUAGGCUCAUAUCAAUGUAUGCGUGUCUCGAUCGGUAGUCCAGGUCCUAUGACCUUUCGAUUUCGUAGUGAUACGCAAACAGGUUUACAAAAUGUAUCGAUCAAUGUUUGGUCACAUUUAGCUUACGUUUAUAAUAAGACAGCAGGAACGAUGGCACUCUACCUGAAUGGAACUCUUGAUAAGUCAGGUAUUGGUCAUGGACCUUAUACGGGACCACCCACUUUUUUUCAAAUUGGAAAUAUUGAUUCCAUUGGUGGACAUGGAUCCGAUUCUAUAGAUACCGAUCAUCGAAAUGGUCGACUUGGAGACGUAACAGAUAACACACUUACCACAUUAGAACUAAGCAGCCAUCAAAUCGGAGAUGCUGCAGCACAACAUCUGGCCGAUGUAUUACGAAAUAAUAGGACACUUUUCACCUUAAAUCUCGAAUUAAAUCAAAUUGGAGAUGUUGGAGCUCAGCAUCUAGCAGAUGCAUUACGCAAUAAUGCAACACUUACCGUAUUAAAUCUCGACAGUAACCACACUGGAGAUAUCGGUACACAGCAUCUAGCAGGUGCAUUACGAGAUAAUACGACACUUACCACAUUAGAUCUGUCCAGCAAUCAAAUCGGAGAUGCAGGAGCACAACAUCUAGCUGAUGCGUUACAAAAUAAUAACAUACUCACCACGUUAAAUCUCCAAUUAAAUCGAAUUGGAAAUGUUGGUACACAGCAUUUAGCUGAUGCAUUAAAAACUAAUACGACACUCACUGAAUUGAAUCUUAAGCACAAUCAAAUCGGAAGUGUUGGAGCACAGCAUAUAGCAGACGCAUUACGAAAGAAUAAGACACUCACUGAAUUAAAUCUUAAUCACAAUCGAAUUAGAGUUGUUGGAGCCCAGCAUCUAGGAGAUGCAUUACGAGACAAUGCGGCACUUACCACAUUAAACCUCAAAUGGACUGAAGUCGGAAAUGUUGGAGCAUACCAGCUAGCAGAGGGAUUACGUAACAAUAAGACACUUACCAGAUUAAAUCUCAGCAGCAACAAAAUCAGCGCUGUUGGAGCCCGGUAUAUAGCAGAUGGAUUACGAAAUAACAAGAUACUUACCGAAUUAAAUCUUAACCAGAAUCAGAUCGGAGAUGCUGGAGCACAGUAUCUAGCAGGUGCAUUACGAGACAAUACGACACUAACUAUAUUAGAUCUAGCCAGCAAUCAAAUUGGAGAUGCUGGAGUACAACAUCUGGCAGAUGUAUUACGGAAUAAUAAGACAGUUACCACGUUAGAUCUCGGGAGAAAUCGAAUUGGAGCUAUUGGUACACAACAUCUAGCUGAUGUGUUACAAAAUAAUACGACACUCAUCACCUUAUGUCUCUUCGACAAUCAAAUUGGAGAUGUUGGAGCACAGCAUCUAGUAGAUCAAUUACGAAAUAAUAAGAUACUUACAGAAUUAAAUCUUAACCUCAAUCAAAUUGGAGUUGUUGGAGCCCAGCAUCUAGCAGAUGUAUUACGAGACAAUGCGACACUUACGAAAUUAUGUCUUAACUUCAAUCAAAUCGGAGAUGUUGGAGCACAGCAUCUAGCAGAUGCAUUACGAAAUAAUAAGACACUUACCACAUUAUAUCUCUACAACAGUGACAUUGAAGCUGUUGGAGCCCAGCAUCUCGCUAACGCAUUACGAAAUAAUACGACACUUACCGCAUUAAAUCUCAAUAGCAUUGUAGCAACAUCAUCUCCUAACUCAUCAAAUAGCUUAUCAACAUCAACUUCAAUUGCCGUUUCAUCAUCUUCAUUAGCAACAGCCUCGACAACAUCAUCAACACCAACAACAUCCUCAACAACCUCAACAACAUCAGCAUCAUCAACCUCAUCAACAUCAUCAACUUCAUCAACAUCAUCUACAUCAUCAACAUCAAAAACAACAUCAACAACAACAAAAAUGACAACAACACCAUCAUGCAGCAAUGUUGUUAGCAAUCCUCCAGGACAAAUUUUGAGUUUGACCGCUUAUACUGCACAGACCACGUAUGCACUUUAUACUUAUAAUUUCACGGCAAAUGAUUCUUCAGCAACUUUAUCAUUUAUAAUGAGGGGUGACGGUGGAGGUGGUGCCAAUCGCUACUGGUUAUUAGAUCAAGUAUCUGUGAAUCAUACGAACGCAAACGCAGAUAUUCUAAUUAAUGGUGAUUUUGAAACAGGAAAUUUAAGUGGCUGGACACAGUUUUGUAACACGGAUUAUAAUUGUGGUACAAAAUCAACUGUUAAUUAUGCCCAUACCGUAACAAAUUCGUGUUAUACAGGAACAUAUUGCGUUUACGAUUCAUGCCAGUUUUUUGAUUAUCUAUUACAAUCUUUUAGUACGGUGGUUGGAGAUUAUUAUUUAAUAUCAUAUUAUCUCAGAGUCAGUAUUAGUGGAGGACCUCCGAUUAUGUAUGUUACAUUAACCUAA